AUGAGGCAGUUCUUUGCUUUUCGUUUGCAUGAACGCAAGAAUGAGGCUCAUACUAUCCUAAAUUCAGGAAGGUUGUUUCAGCAGUUUGUUGUGGAUGCCUACACAACUAUAGAAUCCAAUCGCCUACGCUAUCUGAGGACUCACCAGACGACUUUGCGUUCUGAUAGUUAUGACUCUAUCAAGCAGUCAGAAAAUGCGGGCAGGAUUGAUAUGGCCGAGCAAGGAUCUUCGUUUGUCUUACCAGCUACGUUCACUGGUGGUCCUAGAUAUAUGAAAAACCUUUAUCUGGAUGCAAUGACUAUAUGUAAGCAUUUUGGUUUUCCAAAUCUUUUCAUCACUUUUACAUGCAAUCCUAAAUGGCCAGAGAUCACAAGACAUCUUACCAACCGCAAGUCAAAGGCAGAGGACAGAUCAGACAUCAUUUGCAGGAUGUUCAAAAUGAAACUGGAUUCAUUGAUGGAUGAUUUAACUAAGAAGAAUAUCCUUGGCAAAACUGUAUCAUCUAUGUACACGAUUGAAUUUCAUAAGCGUGGUCUACCACAUGCUCACAUUCUCUUAUUUAUGCAUCCUACGGCCAAGUUUCCCACUACAGAUGAUAUUGACAAGAUCAUUUCAGCUGAGAUUCCAGAUAAGUCUCAAGAACCAGAGCUGUACGAUAUUGUCAAGGAUAUGAUGAUUCAUGGACCAUGUGGGGCUGCUAAUAUGAAAUCUCCUUGCAUGGAAAAUGGGAAAUGUUCUAAGCUUUACCCGAAAUCAUUUGCUGAUAAGACAACAGUGAGUAAAGAAGGAUUUCCGAUUUACCAUAGAAGAGAAGAUACAUAUCGUUAUGUAGAGAAGAAUGGAGUGAAAUGUGACAACAGAUUUGUUAUUCCUUAUAACAAGAAACUAUCUCUACGUUAUCGAGCUCAUAUUAAUGUAGAGUGGUGCAACCAGGAUGGUUCUAUAAAGUACUUAUUUAAGUACAUUAAUAAAGGAAGUGAUCGUGUGACAGUAGCUGUGGAACCACCAGAUCACAUGGUUGCAGAGGCGCUUGGUAUUCCAGAAGGAGAAGUGGACCAAAUCAAAAGGAAUGAAUUCAAAGAGUUCUUUGAUUGCAGAUAUGUUUUUGCGUCUGAAGGAUCAUGGAGAAUUUUUAAGUUCCCCAUUCAUUUCAGGUCAACCGCAGUUGAGAAGCUUAAUUUCCAUCUUCCAGGCAAACAAACGGUUAUUUUCAAAAAAAAAGACAAGCUGGAAGCAGUGAUCAGUCGUAAACUCAUUGAGAAUACAAUGUUCUUAGCAUGGUUUGAGUUGUGUAAAGUUGAUGAUCUAGCUAAAACUCUAACCUAUGCUCAGAUUCCUAACUUCUUUACAUAUUCCAAGAGCCAGAAGAAGUUCAUAAGACGGAAAAGGGGAUUCAGUGUUGGCCGAAUCAACUAUGCUCCACGUAAUCAAGAACAUGCUUAUUAUCUCCGUGUGUUGUUGAACUAUGUGAGAGGUCCUACGAGUUACGAUGACAUCAAAACAUUUGAAGGAGAAGCUAUGAAAGCAUCUGGGCCAGAGGACGUUUGGGAGAAGACUUGGGAAUGUCUUUCAGAUGAUAUUGAGCAUCACAGGCGUAAAACUUUCAAUAGGCCAGGACUAUUGUUAAGUGACGAUGAGAAAAAGAAAUUCGCUUUGCUGGAGAUUGAAAAGCUUCUGAAGCGUUGUGGGACUUCUUUGGCAAAAUAUCCUUCUAUGCCACAGCUAGCAAAGACACAUAGUAAGGAUUCAAAUGUGUUGAUAUUAUAUGAGAGAAGCUAUGAUCGUGAGGCAUUGUUAGAAACUCUGGAUAGAGAUAUUCCAAAGAUGACUACAGAGCAAAGAAAAAUAUAUGAUGAAAUCCUAGAUGUUGUUAACAAGGAAAGAGGUGGAAUGUUUUUUGUGUCUGGAUUUGGUGGCACUGGGAAAACUUUUCUCUGGAAAUUACUAUCUGCAGCCAUUAGAUCGCGAGGAGAUAUUGCUCUUAAUGUUGCAUCGAGUGGCAUUGCUUCUUUGUUGUUACAAGGUGGUAGGACUGCUCAUUCAAGGUUUGGGAUACCACUUAAUCCAGAUGAGUUUUCUUCGUGUACUAUGGCUCAUGGAUCCGAUCAAGCCAAUUUGGUGAAAAAGGCAUCACUGAUUAUAUGGGAUGAAGCCCCCAUGAUGAGUAGGUAUUGUUUUGAGGCACUAGAUAGAAGCUUAUCUGAUAUUAUUGGGAAGCAGAGCGACAAGCCUUUUGGUGGAAAGGUUGUAGUUUUCGGAGGCGAUUUCAGACAAGUGCUCCCAGUUAUAAAUGGAGGUAGUAGAGCUGCAAUCGUUAUGGCUUCAAUGAAUUCUUCGUAUCUAUGGGAGCAUUGUAAAGUCUUGAAAUUAACUAAGAACAUGCGAUUAUCAUCUGGUGGUUUUUCAGCUGAAGAGUUGACGGAUCUAAAGGAAUUCUCUGAGUGGAUCUUAAAGGUUGGUGAUGGUACACUUGGAGAGCCUAACGAUGGAAUAGCUGAGAUCGAGACCCCCUCCGAAUUUUUGAUUACUGAUUCUGAUGAACCAAUAGAGGCCAUUAGCAAAGCAGUGUACGAAGAUCCUUCUUCAUUAAAAGGAAACAAAGAAGCUAAAUUUUUCCAAGAGAGAGCUAUUUUGUGUCCAACCAAUGAGGAUGUUAACAUGAUCAAUGAUUACAUGUUGGAUAAGCUGGAUGGUAAUUUUUUUAUUUUCACUUUUAUCGUGAUUGAUUUUAGAUCCUAAAUAUAUUGUUUCUUAUAUACAUUAACUAAAUCCUAUGUUUUGAUAUUU